AUGGUGGGAAUCUACCCCUUUCGAACCGCAGAUAGGAUCUUGAAUAAAAUUGGGUUCGCUUCCGGCGAUCAGAGUCCGGUAUUUCAAACGAACCGAAGGAACUGGUUGGCCAGUAUCACCAGGGAUUCAAUUCUUGCCGAGUACACGGAAUUUUUAUUUCAUGGCAAACCCGGGAUAGGAGGUGUAUUCGACUCAAAACGCAAGGCUCUAAAGGAAACUUUUGCUGCCCACGCCAAUUCAGACAACUGCUGGGACAGUCAAUCAGUCGACUCUUAUCUCAGGACACGGGUUCCCCAGAAUGCAAAUCAAGAAACUGUCUUGAGAAAUUGCGCAUCUUCUUUCUGGACUUUGAUGGCCUACUUCGCCCAAUGGCCUUUUAACUCGCCCUCAACACCCAAGCCAACGAGCCUUACGCUCCCAUCCUUUUUCCGCGCUAUGGCCUUCCUCAACGGCUUGCAUAGUGAAAUGUUUUGGCCUAUUGGAUUCUCAGAUGAGGAUGCUGAACGGAAUGAUUUGCUACCACUCGAGUAUAUCUUCCGAGCCUUAUCUACUGAUCCCCUAGUGGAACGGAGUUCCAGCUCAGAGUCUGAAGAACUUCUGAUAACAUCCCGCCAGCCCCGGGAUAUAUUAGCUGUCCUAUAUUCGGUUCAGCCAGUCACGGAUUACUUUACUACUCAGAUGACGCUUGAUGAGCUGACGCCAACAGCUAUAUCGCUGUCUCCUUCCCCCGCUCCAGAGCUGCCAACUCUCGCUGUUUCUAACGGGAUACUCAUUUCGCUCCUUGACCUGUUGAUCUCACUUUUUGAGCAUUGGAGUCAAGUUUAUUCGUCAACAUCGUGGUUAAACUUCAAAGGCGAGCUAGAGGCAGCUCGUACUGACAUGCAGAACGUAAACGAGGUAUCAUUUGACAUCUUUAUAGAUAAGUUGGGUGGUCUUCAUCGUUGGAACUUCUAUCAUGCAAUUUCUUAU